AUGGCUCUUCUGACGAAUCACCACGAUUACUCGGUUCCCUCUGAAAUGAUUACUACCGUUUAUCCGAGUACAGCGAGGACGUACGAUUCUUUGUACCCUUCUCCGUACAACUCGCCGAAUUACGAUUCUAUGAAAGUUCCGUUCGGCGAGAAUUACGCGCACAAAGGUGAGCAUACGCCGCGAAAAGAAAUCGAGACUGUGAAUUACGGGAACGAUGUGAUUACCAAAUAUUCGAGAACACCGGACUCGUACGAAAGAAGCUCUUUUGAUAUCCUGACGCCAGCAACGCCGCAAAGAUACGAACCACAGCACGUGAUAAGUCAUACCGCCUCCCCUAGACCGAUGCUGCAUGAGGAUAAUUCCGUAGAGUAUCAUCCGCCAUCUUAUUGUUACGAGACGCCGCCUCAGGAACAAAAAUUUCACACCCUCGAAAGCAGAGAACCGAUGCAGAUGAUCGUUGAACCGAAAAGGAAUUGCUGGCAACCUGUUACGUCCGCGCAGAAACAAUUGUCUCCUACGAACAGCCCCCGAAGAGGAAGACGAAGAUCAAGGGACAUACCACCGUCACCGAGCGUCCUGAAGCGUCGGCGUCUAGCCGCAAACGCGCGUGAGAGGCGUCGAAUGAACGGCCUGAACGACGCCUUCGAUAAAUUGCGGGAAGUUGUGCCCAGCCUUGGCGCCGAUCACAAGCUCAGUAAGUUCGAAACGCUACAAAUGGCGCAGACGUAUAUCGCGGCGUUGUGCGAUCUUCUUCAAAAACACGAUGGAAAAUGGCAAUGA